UUAAUUGACAUAGGUCGUGAUAGGUUAAAUGGGUUUGCUAUAAGAAUACAUGUGUUGUAGCUGCCCUCUACCUUUUUUAGUAGGUUCGUUUGACAUAACCGCUGGAUCCUUGUAUAUAUCUCAAUCCUUUUUCGCAGGUCAAUCUUUACACCCUGUAUCUAUUCUUCUUCGUUUACUUUUUAGUCCAUUACCUGUAAAGACAUCAAGAUGCGUUUUUUUGAGGCUGCCACUGUGGCUUUGACAGCUGCUUCCACUGCCUAUGGCGCCCCCAUGGAGAAGCGCGCUGCCGCCGUUGACGAGCUUGUUGGUUUUGGUGCUGGCACCACAGGAGGAGGAAGUGGAGCCGGUACCACUGUCACCAACUGCGCUGGCCUGACUGCUGCCGCCAAAGUCGGAGGUGUCAUCAAGAUCAAGGGCACGCUCACCGGCUGCGGCAUUGUCCGCUUCGAUGUCCCCGGCACCUCCAUCCUCGGUGUAGGCAAGGACGCCGGAAUCACUGACGGUGGUUUCCGCUUCUUCAAGACUUCCAACAUCAUUGUCCGUAACCUCAAGUUCUACCGUGCUCCCGAGGGCAAGGAUCUCAUCGACAUUGAAGCCACCACCAAGGUCUGGAUUGACCACAACGAUUUCUCCAGCAUUGGUAUCACCGGCGACAAGGACAAGUACGAUGGUCUCUUGGACGCAAAGUCUGGAUCUGACUUUUUGACUUUCUCAUGGAACAAGUUCCACGACCACUGGAAGGGUUCCCUGGUCGGCCACUCCGAUAACAACGGAUCCGUGGACAAGGGCAAGCUGCGCGUGACUUACCACCACAACUCCUUCACUGCAAUCAACUCGCGUCUGCCCUCCAUCCGCUUCGGCACAGGCCACGUCUACAACUCGUGCUUCAACGGCGGCGUUUCCGGCAUCAACUCGCGCAUGGGCGCUCAAGUGCUCGUUGAGUCGAAUUCCUUCACCAAUGUUGCCAAGUCGGUUGUUACCAACCUCGACUCUGACGAGGAGGGCUUUGCGACGGAGAAGAACAAUGUUUUCAGCAACAGCCCUACCCAGAUUACCAAGAAUGGCUCUUUCACGCCCAGCUACAAGUACACUGUUGACCCUGCGGCCAGUGUCUGCAGCAUCGUGGCCAAGAGUGCUGGUGUCGGCGUUGUCACCUUCUAAGCUACUAAAGCGUGUCACGAGGAGUUGGACCUGAUGGUAGCGCGAUGUUGUUGAUUUGUACAUACAAUAUUUUCU